UAUUAUUCAGACCGCUUCGGCAUUAUGCGCCUCCAACCUCCAUCCAGAAGGUAUAAGACGGCGCUGUGGUGCCACGCUGUAGCGUGUUACGCCGAGGGCCCAGUAUCAACACACACGCACACAAUCAAUCCCUGGUCGCGCCAUUCGCUGCCAUCAAGACAAAGGAUACCCACCAGACCAAAUUUUUUACCUAAGUACCGUAGACUUUGCGCGCGCUAAGUCCUUGCUCAGCAGCAGGCAAAAACAAACGUUUCGCCCAUCAACAGCUUGUUCUUCAUUCACCUUCUCCCGCACUUUUUUCCAUUGUCUUUUUCCUUUCCUCUGAACCGCCCUCAGCCAGAAGAACAAAGUCCAAUUCAAGAAUCAUGACGUUUGCCGAACACCCCAUUGACACCCCGCCGCGGGCACCCUCGCCAGUUCAUCGCUUUGGUACGCUUGCUGUGCAUGCCGGAAGUCCCCAUGAUCCUGUGACGGGCGCCGUCAUUGAGCCUAUCUCGCUUUCCACCACUUUCGCGCAAACCAGUGUGGGGAAUCCCGUCGGCCAGUACGAGUACUCAAGAUCCUCAAAUCCCAACAGGGAUAAUUUCGAGAAGGCGGUUGCUGCUCUCGAGCAUGCUCGCUAUGCUUUAGCCUUCAGUUCCGGCUCUGCAACCACUGCCAACAUCCUCCAGUCUCUUGCUGCAGGUUCCCACGUCAUCUCUGUUUCCGAUGUCUAUGGUGGAACCCACAGAUACUUCACCAAAGUCGCUGCCACUCAUGACGUUCUUGUAACCUUCACGCCCAACAUCGACGACGACAUUGCCGACCUCAUUCGACCAGAGACGAAACUCAUUUGGAUUGAGUCGCCGUCUAACCCAACCCUCCGCCUCGUUGACAUUAGGAAGGUCGCUACAACCGCACAUCAACAUGGCAUCUUGGUCGUAGUGGACAACACCUUCUUGUCCCCAUAUGUGCAGAACCCCCUGGACCACGGCGCAGACAUUGUCGUGCACUCUGUGACCAAGUAUAUCAACGGCCACUCGGAUGUAGUCAUGGGUGCUGCCGCCUUCAACUCCGAAUCCAUUUACGAUCGCCUCUCCUUCCUCCAAAAUGCUAUUGGCGCCAUCCCCUCGGCAUUCGACUCAUGGCUUGCUCACCGUGGCCUGAAGACGCUACACCUUCGCGCUCGCGAGGCCACCAAGAACGCAACAGGUGUUGCCACAGCCCUCGAAGCUUCUUCCCACGUUAUUUCCGUCAACUACCCUGGUCUGAAAUCACACCCGCAACAUUCCAUCGCACUCAAGCAGCACCGCGACGGGAUGGGCGGCGGUAUGCUGUCCUUCCGCAUCCGUGGAGGUCACGAAGCCGCCGAGCGCUUCUGCCAGGCCACCAAGAUCUUCACUCUUGCCGAGUCCCUCGGUGGUGUGGAGUCGCUAGUUGAAGUCCCCAGCGCCAUGACGCACGGCGGAAUUCCCAAAGAACAGCGCGAGGCCGCGGGCGUUUUCGACGAUCUGGUGCGCGUGAGCUGCGGUAUCGAGGAUGAGGCGGAUCUGGUGGCCGAUGUUAUGCAGGCGGUCGAAAAGGCAGUCGUUGGUGGCAAAAUCUCCAACGGCAACGGACAUGCUUAA